UUCCUCAUUAGAUCUGGUGAAAAUACUCGGGUGGAAAUAGGGCAGUCCUACCUUCACGAAAUAUGAUGUCCAAGGUGGCUCAUGGCAUUGUUUCAAAUAUGCGGUCAGUACUUCCGAGGCUCGAGGCUUCAGUAAAAGGCGGCCUCGUGCCUGUUAGAAGUACCAGCAAGAGACCCGAGCUAUCUGAGCACUUUACGCUGGAUGAGAUGGUGGCCAACGAGAAGCUGCUUCAGUAUGACGAGGGCUCAAAGGAACGCACCGAACUGGAAACCGCCCUGCUGGGCGUCCUCAAUAGGGUAGAGCACGUUCCCAUCGUUAUUAACGGACAGGAGUUCCAGGCCAAGGAGGACUUCCAACAGGUUCUGCCCUACGAUAUCCAACAGCCCAUUGCUCAUUACGGCCAUGCCCACCGCGUGCUCAUCCAAAUGGCCAUCGAUAAGAGCGUGGAGGCGCAGGUGAAGUGGGACAAGGUCAGGCUUAGUGAUCGGAUUGAUAUUUGGGAGCGGGCAGCGAUGCUGAUUGCCGGAAGAUACCGCUAUAACAUCAUUGCGGCCACGAUGUUGGGCCAGGGGAAAACGCUGCGACAGGCAGAGAUGGAUGUGGCCGAGCUGGUGGACUUUAUGCGCAUUAAUCCCGUCUUCCUGCGUGAGCUGGCCAACUAUGAACCCAUUAGAGGAGACACCCAACAAAAAUGCAGGAAUUCCAUGCGGUUAAGAGGACUUUCAGGAUUUGUGGCUGCCAUCAGUCCGUUUAACUUUACGGGUAUCGCCGCCAAUCUGGCCUAUACGCCCGCCUUGAUGGGCAACUCGGUGCUCUGGAAGCCCUCCGACUCGGCCAUUCUGUCCAACUAUUUUGUUUUCAAGGCCCUGCGGGAAGCUGGAGUGCCCGAUGGUGUGGUGAACUUUGUGCCCGCCGAGGAGACAACGUUUGCAUCCGUAGUAACGCAACAUCCGAAAUUGGCGGGGAUUAACUUCACUGGUACCUCAACGGUGCUCAAGGUGCUCUGGCAACUGGUGGCCCAGAAUAUCAACUUCUACCAGAACUAUCCCCGUUUGGUGGGCGAGGGAGGCGGCAAGAAUUUCCACUUCGUGCACUCCUCGGCGGAACCGGAAACGGCGGUGGCCUGUACGAUAAGAGCUGCCUUUGAGUACGCCGGUCAGAAGUGCUCCUCCUGCUCGAUGUUGUACGUUCCGGAAUCCCUGUGGAAGAAUCACAUACGAGAACCUCUUCUUGGGAUCACUGCAUCUCUGGUCGUGCGACAAGAUGCCACAUACUGCGAUAGCUUCUGCUCGGCGGUGAUCAACCGACGGGCCUACGAUCGCAUCUACAUGUGGCUAAGGUACAUCGACCAGAGUCCCAGUUGUCAGGUACUCGUUGGAGGAAGCUGCGACAAGCAACGUGGCUAUUACGUAGAUCCAACGGUGGUGCUGGUCAAGGAUCUGGACAAUAUCAUAUGUCGGGAAGAGCUGCUGGCACCCAUCCUCGGUGUCUAUGUCUAUCCAGAUCAUAAGCUCAAGGAGACUAUGGAUAAGGUGGCCCAGAUUAAUCAUGGAUUAACAGGUUCGGUGUUUGCCCAGGAUCAGAACUUCAUCGAGGAAGCAUACGAUGCCUUCAGAGUCAAUGUGGGCAACUUAAAUGUGAAUGACAAGUCCACUGGAUUGAUGGUGGGUCAGCAGCCUUUUGGAGCGGGCCACAUGACCGGCACCAGUGAUAAGUUGGGCACUCCUCACUCCCUGCUGCGAUGGACAUCGCCCCAGGUGAUUAAAGAGUCUUACAAGACACACAGGAACAUCUUUUAUCCCUAUAUGCAAAUGAAUGAUCAGGAGCAGGAAUUCGCACAAAGUGAUAUGGUCUCCCAGGAUGAAUCCUCCUUUGGGCAAUUCAACAGUGACGGACGGCAAUAAGGUGGUAUAGGAAAAUCGAAGACCUUUGUAUUAUGAUCAAAAUUUCUGUGGCAAUAAAUAUGAAAAUAGUGAAUAGUGUAAUAA